AUGCUCGUCCCUUCCCUCAAAACCAUCGUCGCCCUUGGCGUUGCAUUCUAUGCCACCGCUGCGCUGGCGGCUCCCAACGGGCAAAUCGGGGCUAAUGUUCAAGACUUAUCCGAGAGGAACGAGGCACUUGAACAACCUGACCUUGACGCCGUCCCUGGGCUUGGUGAUACCAUCGAGGCCCGUGGCAAACCACCUCGCCGCCCAAACAAUAACAAUAAUAACCGGAGGCCGAACGGCAGGCCCAACGGCAGACCCAACGGAAGGCCCAAACGUCCCCCAAAAUAA